CAAUAGCCUUUAUCAGAAUAAAUCUUGUUCUCUAUUUGGUGUACGAUGAUACAGUUAUAUAGAUUACAUUAUGGCUUAUUUAUCCAUUGACUUUCAGGUUUUCAUUGUUGCUCCAACAAUAUAUAAUGCAACUCUCAGUGUUCUCCAUGGCAUUGCUGGAACUUUUAUUGUUGCCAACAUUAUUGGUAAUUUUGUUGCGAUUAUGCUUGUGGAUACUUCAACACAAGGAUUAUUACUGCCAUCACAGGUUCCAUCUGGUUGGCAUGUGUGUGCGGCAUGUGAAAGCACAGCCCCAGCUCGGUCACGUCACUGCAACACCUGCAAUGUGUGUGUCUUGAAGAAGGAGCACCAUUGUGUCUUCACGGGCUGUUGUGUGGGCCUCAAAAACCAUAGAUAUUUUUACAUUUUCUUAUUCUACAUGUGGGGAUCAACUUUAUAUUGUUCAUUCCUAAAUGCCUUCUUCAUUUGGCCACAUGUUGGAGGUUUCAGCAUGUGGGCAGUAGUGCGUCUACUCUUGCCUGGAGUGUGGAUCUUAUGGGAACCUUCUUUGGACACCCUUUAUGCCUUCUUGUUCUCGAUAAAUGUUAUUGGCUUCUUAUUCAUGACUGUUCUGAUCUUCUACUAUACGGGACUCCUUGUUACGAACACAACAACCUAUGAGAAUAAUAACCGGAAGGGACAGAAAUAUGAUCAUGGGACAGAACAUAACAUAAAGGUUACGCUUGGGGAACGUUGGUAUCUCACGUGGAUCUUCCCAACCAUUUCAUCCCCACUGACGUAUGAUGGCCUGGAUUGGUCUAACCAGAUCUCAAGCAGGAGUGUUAGACCUAAGACUAGUGUCGAAUUUUGCAUCCAGUUAGCAAGCUUUUCAACUCCCCUCCCCCUUUUAAAAAUGCCUUUUAGCUCUGGACUUCUCUUCCUUUACUUUCUCUGUCUGCCAUCUCAGUACUUUCCUUCUUCAUCAAACUGGACCAACGGCUCUCCUCAAGAAUGCCUUCAUGUGAUACUGGAGGAAGUCACACUACAAGCAACCACCCUGAGUAUAUAUUGGUCAAAACAUGAAAUAGCUGGACACCCUCCUAAACCAAUUUUGCAGUAUUUUAGAGGGGAACAGAUUUUUUUCCUUUGAAUGUGGACUUAUACUAUGCAUCCACUGUAUAAGCCUGUCUCUAACUUUUAGAGAAAAUAAAUGAAAUACAAUAUGAA